UUGGCAUUCGACCCAUGUAUGGCCUGCAUAAGUCAUAACAGCUGUAUUUUCACUCAGAGAAAACCUAAUGCAAGUUUUCUAUAAUCCUCUGUAGCAGGGGCAGACUGACAACUCAUGGGGCCCCCGGGCAAGAGGGGAUCAUGGGGCCCCUGUGUCCUUGCCCAAACUCAAAAAAAGCCUAUGAAAAAAGUACCAGGGGCAUCUCAUGGGGCCCCCUACUGACCCCGGGCCCUCGGACAGUGCCCAAGUUUCCAAAUGGUCAGUCCGCCCCUGCUCUGUAG